AUUACACAUAAACUUUCCACGGGUUUUACUUUUUGUGAAUGUGCUCACUCCUUUUCUUCUCCUGCUCCUUCUCCUACCCACUUGAUACACACAAGGGAAAAUGGCACUUCGACAGGUUUUUAUCGUUUCUGCCAAAAGAACCCCUUUCGGUAGUUUUGGUGGCAAGCUCAAGGACUUGACUGCCUCUGAACUGGGUGGAUUGGCAUCCAAGGCUGCUAUUGCUGACACGAACAAACCCGAUCUUCCUAUCGAUGCUGUGAUUAUCGGUAACGUGAUGCAGACCGAUCCUGCAGGUGCCUACGUUGCCCGUCACAUUGGCCAUCGUGCAGGCUUACCUGUUCACGUACCUGCUCUGACUGUCAACCGAUUGUGUGGCUCGGGUCUUCAAAGUGUCGUUAAUGCAACCCACGAAAUCCUGCUCGGCGAUAGCGAGAUCGUCUUGGCCGGUGGUGCCGAAAGCAUGUCUCUGUCGCCUUAUACUUUGAGCGGCAAAUCGCGUUGGGGUCUCAAGCUGGGUGUGGAUCUGAAGCUUCAGGAUUCCAUGUGGGCUACGUUGACCGAUCAGUAUCCCAACCCUACGCCCAUGGGUAUCACUGCUGAGAAUCUGGCAGAAAUGUACAAGAUUUCCAAGGAGGAGUGUGAUCGUUACGCUACCUUGAGUCAGAACCGGUUUGAACAAGCUACUAAGAACGGCAUCUUUGAGACGGAAAUCACGCCUGUCGAUGUCAAGGGUCGCAAGGCCAUCGAAACGGUCGCUCAAGACGAAUACCCACGGUCUGGUAUCACUUACGAAGCAUUGGCCAAAUUGAAGCCUGUGUUCAAAAAGGAUGGCGGCGUCACAUCGGCAGGCAAUGCAUCAGGUAUCAACGACGGUGCCGCUGCAUUAAUCGUUGCCAGCGAAGAUGCCGUCAAGAAACACGGCUUGACCCCUUUGGCACGUGUCGUGAGCUGGCAAGCGUCCGCUGUGGAACCCACCUUGAUGGGUCUGGGUCCUGUCCCGGCAAUUCAAGGCGCUCUCAAGCGCGCCAACUUGACUUUGGAUCAGAUGGAUUUGGUGGAAGUCAAUGAGGCCUUUGCUGCUCAGUACUUGGCUGUGGAAAAGGAAUUGGGCCUGGAUCGUGAGAAAACAAAUGUCAACGGUGGUGCUAUUGCGGUCGGUCAUCCUCUGGGCGCUUCUGGUGCUCGUAUCCUGACGCAUUUGUCGCAUGCUCUUCAACGAACCAAGUCCAAGUAUGCAGUUGGCUCGGCUUGUAUCGGCGGUGGUCAAGGUGUUGCCGUUAUUCUUGAACGUGUUUAAAGAGUUAUCACAAUUCGCUCAAUAGAAAUUAUACCAGCGUUUUUCUGCUGCCGAUGUUACGAUUCCUUGUUUAUAUAAAUGUAAUAUACAAAUACUUUGACUUUUCACGGGUGGACACACU